CUAUAAAAUCAGUGAACGCAUCAUGUUCGCUCAACUGCAGUCUAACGAGCAGCCGUCCACAAAAGCAAAGGAAGGCAAAAGUCUAGCCUGAUCAUCAAUCAGUAAAAAUGUCGGGAGAAGAAGCUGUGCCUGCUGCUGAGACCCCUGCACCGGCUCCUGGUGAGCCCAUGGACCUCAUGACUGCUUUACAAAUUGUCCUGAGGAAGUCUUUGGCCCAUGGUGGGCUUGUACGUGGUCUCCAUGAAGGUGCCAAGUCAAUUGAAAAGCAUGCCGCAUUGCUCUGUGUAUUAGCAGAGGACUGCAAUCAGCCUGAUUACAUUAAACUUGUAAAGGCACUUUGCAAUGAGCACAACGUCAGUUUGAUCAAUGUGCCUAGUGCUAAAUCUCUCGGCGAGUGGGCUGGGUUAUGCAAGAUUGAUUCCGAAGGAAAAGCAAGGAAGGUCGUCGGUUGCUCCUGUGUUGUUUUAAAGGAUUUUGGAGAAGAGACCGAGGCUCGCCAUGUCGUUUUGGAGUAUGUGAAGUCACACUGAGAAGUAUGAAGCUCUUUCGGUCAAAGAGAGGCUAUCCUUAGUGGAAUGGUCCGAGGUUUUGUGAUGGUUAUAGUUGAACCAUGUCUUAUUUUUGACCAGUUUCUGCUCAACUAUGAGGGAUGUAUCAAAUUAUCAAGUUUGAAAAUUUUCCUAUUCAAUCCA